CCGUCAAAAGAAGAUUUACCAUUGUUUAGGAUUUGAGCGAUAAAUAGAAGAGUUUGUUGUAAUCUCGUUCCGAUGAUGAGAUAAAGUAUUAUUUGUUCUGAGACAAAGUCUUCUUCGAUUAAAGUAAUGAACCUCUUAUUUUUACACUCUAACGAAUCAGCCAUCGACUGACUUCAAUUCAUCAUACACACUAUGAUAUAGGUUACAAUACCUGGGUCAUUUCACAUGCAAAUCUCACGUGGUUUGGCAAUAAGUAAUUUCCGAAGAAUAUAAGUAUAAUAUAAACAAUAUAUCAGAUAGAAGGCACCACAUAAUGGAUCGUGGUAAAACAGGAACUGGCCGUGGUGCCAAGAGCAAAAUAGCUCAACAUCCAGCAGACUUAUUCGCUCUAGGAGCCAAAAGUUCCAGAGGCGAGCCAACAGAUUCAAAAAGGCCAGGCGUCAUCCAUGGCAAACCAAGCACCAGUUCUUCAAGCACAGUAUCAGAGCGAAAGAAAGAAGCUCCACCAGGGUCUUUACAGUCUCUUAUCCCACAGAAAAAAGCAAAAUUAGCUCCACAUAUCUCUCAUUCCCGGCCUCCAAUGUCCAGUGCAGAGGCAUGGGAGGUUGUUGCUAUUGAUUGUGAUCCUGCUGACCUAGCUCCGAUGGUUCUCGAAGCAAGUGAUAAUGAUGAGGCAGAUAAAGUUGUUGGUAUUAUUUGUGGAGCCGUUAGAACACUGAAAAGCCAGAGAUGGAAGCCUGAUCCUUUGAUCUAUAUGGGCUUGAUGUAUCUGGCAAAAAUUCGCCCAUCCAUUUUUUCAAAUGACUGUAUACUUCAUGCUUUAUCAUCAUUGCUGAAACGAGAUCAGGCGCAUAAUUUCAAGAGCAAAGGAAAUCCAUCUGUUCCUGUCCUUGCUGCAAAUUUAUUGAUGAGAGGAUUUCACGAAAAAAGAAGUUGGCCAGAAAUAUUUGUCAAGCUGUAUAUUGAAGAUGCGCUGGGCGAACGUGUCUGGGUUGAUAAUGAGGAGUGCAAAGGAUUUGUGGAUAACAUUUUAACAGGAUUCAAUACUAGACACCCUCCUAAGAGUAUUUUGCAACCAGAGUUGUCAGUUCUAACACCGAGAGAAUGUCACAGCCCAUCAACAAUGGAAGACGAUGAUCCUACCGCUUCCGCAAUUCAAUUAACCGGAGACAAAGAAAAGAUUGAAUUUCCAGUUAUGCCCAGAUAUGCUCAUUGCAUCGAGAACAUUGAGCUAAUUGUGUUAGAGACAGUCAAGGAACAACUAAACAGACGACAACCAGAGUCUAUAACAAGAAAUUUUUUGAGAUUACUUUCAUCCACAUGUGGAUUUGUAGAAAUUCGAAUAAUAGUUGUUCCAAAGCUGGAAAUGUGGCUACAUAAUCCUAAGCUCAUGAGACCUGCCCAGGAAUUAUUGAGCUAUGUUUGUUACAACUGUACAACUCACACUCAAAGAGAUGUUGAAGUGAUAAGUCAACUGGUCAAAAUGAGACUCAAAACUAAGGCCGUAAUUAAUAUCUACCUGAAUGGUGUUAGAGAGCUAAUUAGCCUUCAUCCAGAAAAUUUAUCAACAACAUUGAAACACACGAUUUACAACGAACUAUCCAGUGCAAGAAAUCCGAAUAAUAUGCCAAUGCUGGCAGUUAUGUUUCAAGCGUUCCAAGAAGCAGCUGCCAAAUUACUUGCCGAAAUAUUUCAAGAUUUGUUAAUGAAUCGUGAAGAUUACUUGAGACCUUUAAGAGCCUUGUUGCGAGAAAUAGUCCGUGUGUGCCGGCAUGAUAUAAACCUUAUUGCAUUCGCUCGCACAAUGAUGAUAGAGCGAAAAGAAAUAUCGCAGCAGCUUCUGAGCUUUGAAUUUAAGGAUAGAGUUUUCAUAUCCAUCGUCGACUUACUAUGCUUAUGUAUGUUUUUGGGUAUUAGCCCGCAAGUUAAGGAGGCGGCCUUAUUAGCUCAAAGAGGGGACAAGAAAGAUGUGGCGCUUUUACAGCAGUUUCAAAAUUUGGUUGCGACUAUUCAGUAUGAGUCUGUAUCAUGGCUUCAUAAUUUAGCUCCCCAGAUUUAUGGCAUAGGGCGAAACGAAUUGCUACAUUCUCUCCAUAAAGUUUUAUUAUUGGAAACACCAGAUAGUUAUUAUAAGCUGGACAACUGGCCACCUGAAUCUGAUAGAGUAUUUUAUAUUCGCUUAGUCUCUGAUGUACCCCUCCUCCAGAGUACUCUUCUGAGAUUACUUCUAAUUGGUUUUUCCAAAGAAAAUGGGGUGACACAUUCGGAAACUUUGGAAUUAGCUGACCAACUAAUAAAGCGGGCUGCUCUGAACUCCUCAGAAAGUUUUCCUACUUUAUAUGCUGACAAGAUGGAUAUAAUAGAACUAAUUUUCAAUCUAUGUGUCUACCAGCCUCCGGGAUCUAUCAAUAUACCUCCAGAAUACGAGCCACCAACUUUGGCAAUAUCAAAUUUAUACUGGAAAGGUUGGACAAUGUUACUGGUUUUAGCAGCUCACAAUCCUUCCUCGUUCGGUGCAGUAGGAUGGAAAAGAUAUCCCAUUCUGCAAACUCUCAUGGAAAUGUGCAUCACGAAUCAUUUUUCAUACCCUCCACCAACAAUGGCUUUGCCCGAAAUUAAUGAACAAGAAAGAGCAAAAGAACUGCAGGUAGAGGUAAUAGAGAAGCAAAAGAUAUUGGAAUAUGAAACUCAUUUGGCAGCAGCAUCUACACGAAUGCAGAUCUCCGAACAAAACAGCCUUCUAUUAUCACAAUUAAUUACAAUGGAUCCUACGGGCAUUGCAAGAAGACCUCCGCCAGCCGUUUUAGAACAACUACAAGCUUUGAAUGUGUCCCAUCGAUUAGGGCAUCUUCUCUGCCGCUCCCGACGCCCUGACUUUCUAUUAAAUAUAAUCCAAAGACAGCAACAAAGCACGUCUCAAAGCAUGCCUUGGCUAGCCGAUCUUGUUCAAAAUAGCGAGGGAGCUCUCAGUCAAUUACCGGUUCAAUGCCUCUGCGAGUUUUUGUUAUCGACCAGCGUUCAAGCAGGAGAGAAGCAGCCAAGGCAACAACAGCUACUAGCACAUCUCCAAAAGCUACUUACAGACCCGACACAAGACCAACAACAUGCAUACGAGGUUUUGGAGUACUUUUUAAGACGGUUGAGCAGUCAACAAAGUGCUAGUCGAACGCAAGCCAUAACUGGCCUUGAAACAGUACUCAGCUCCAUCCCUCUUGAGGAGGAAGGUAUGGAAGUUGAAGGGGAGAGCGAAAAAGAAAUUUGGCUCCUUCGCAAACUACCGUCGAUCCCGUAUUUUUUGUCAGUCCGUUCGCUAGUUUCUACGGCACUACGUGGAGCUUGUCAAGUUGAAAAUAGUCCCGAUUUAGUUCGUGCUUACAUCUCUUACCUUGCCGCACAUACUUUAGAUGAUGAUCUUACGGAUCUGAUUGAUUUGGUGAAUGAAAUCUCACAGCUUGUUGUCGAACGUAGCACAAUAAUUGCAGCCAUUCUACCACAACCGGACAAUGAUAAUAUACAAUCAAAGCAGACACUGCAUGCAUUUAUGGCCAUUUUUUGUAACUACCUUCAAAAAGCCAGAGCACCUAGAGGAGAAGGUUAUACCUGGUCUGAGAGCCAAGAUCAAAUACUCGUCCAAUGGUCCACCGGAGAAGAGUGUACUAUGCAUAUUUUAGUGGUCCAUGCCAUGAUUAUUUUGUUGACGUAUGAUUCAUCAGACAGCCCAGGAUUGUUUAACGAGUUACUGGAAACCUGGUUUCCGGAAAAUAGAGAACCACCUAAAGCGUUUCUAGUUGAUACUAGUGAAGAAGCCCUCUUGAUUCCUGACUGGCUUAAGCUAAGAAUGAUAAGAAGUAACGUCCCACGUUUGGUAGAUGCUGCUUUGAAAGAUUUGGAACCACCACAGCUGGUAUUAUUCAUACAAAGUUUUGGAAUUCCAGUGUGUUCAAUGAGCAAGUUAUUGCAUACUCUCGAUGCCGCUGUACAGAUUGACCCAAGUUCAGUAGGAGAAGCCGUUCUAGACAAGACUUACAUGGCACAGUUGGUCGAGGUUCAACACAGAAGAGGAGCAACUGGAGGACUCGUAUUUGUACAGGUCCUGCAGCUUCUAGAACCACUUUUGCCUGAUGAAAAUCCCAUGAUUGUUGAAAAUCUGCAACAAACUCUGCCAGCUAAUGCAAUGGUACAAAAGCAAUCCAUGAUCCAAUGCUCAAUUAAAACUGAUGUUCCUCACCUAAUCAACCGACUUUUUAUUGAAAAUAUGCCAACGAAUCAAAAGCUAGACGCAUAUCGAAGGUUGCAUAAAAUUUUGACAGUGGAUCUGCAAAAACCUGUGCGAGAAAACAGCACUGUGGUAUUGGCUAUUCAACACAUAUGCAGCGUAUUGAGUUCUAUGCAAGUCAAACAGUUUUUAGCAUCAUUAGUCCUCAUGACACAGUUUUCAUGCACUUUAAUGAGGAUUAUUUUGUUACCAUUGAAAAAACCAUCAACUCCACAGCAUGUUAUUGAUAUUGGACGUAGCAUGUGUUUGGAUUUGAUUGCGUUGAUAGGUGAUAUUAAGGCACCUGUAUUAUCCAUUCUUCAAGAUUUUGCAAACAUGCAAUCAACAAAAGAUCAUCAGCGAAAGGAGCUUGCUGCCUUGACAAAAAAUCGUGACCCCUUGACUAUUCUAGGACAAACCGACCUGUUAAAUCUGGAAAGAGUAGGUCGUAAGCUUUUGGACAAGUGUCUCAAACAACAAAACAACGACAUUCUCGUUGAAGCAAUGGCGAAGCUGCUAGUUUCGGACAGUAAUGAAGGAGUUAUAAAACCUAGAACUGGACUGCUCAUAGACUGGCUGGCUUCAGUAGAGCCUGAGUUAAUAGGGACGUGUACAAAUCUGCAAAUGAAGCUUCUAUUUGCCGAAACUACCGUGAAUAUUAAGACUGAUAAUAGUGUAGUUAGUUCGCACGCCUGCAGACCUUAUUUAUUGACCUUAUUGACGCAUAGAGCAAGUUGGGCUACGCUUCACAAGUGUGUCGCACACCUGCUUGAUAAAUGUGACAAUGCAUAUGAUCCGACUGCUGUUCUGGACUUUUUGUGGGCUUUAACUUGCAAUCCCAAGCUUUGGCAAGGCCGUGAUAAAUUUACACCAAAGCACUACGUCCCUGAAGAUAUUUUACUUCUGUCUGAACAGCAGUUGCUUAACCUGGUUUCAUACCUCGUUGCUGAAGCUGUUGUUAUAUGCAACCGUCAAUCUAGAAAAGCUGCAAUCGAUCAAAUGGAGGGCAGACUGGACUUGCUACUACAUUGUGUGUCUACAGAAGAGAAACUCAUCUGUAGUGUCGUUAAACAUCUAGCCGCUCAAAUGGAAGAUAGUAAUGGAAUUUAUUCCGACAUGGCACAUCAGUUCUUACUUCACAUGUAUAUGAAAAUUCCAAAAGUGAUAUGUUACUUGGACACAUCACAAUCAAAGAAAUUUGUUAGAGAUGCAAGAAUCACAGACUGGACUGGUUCGGUAUUAGAUUGUACCAGUCAUGCACUUUUGACAGCGUUGGCAGCAACUCCUCGUCAAAAAUCAUGGAACUCUAAAUCUCAGGAUUUCGAAUUGUGUGCUAGAAAAAUGGCUGCUGUGCAUCCUAUUCUUGUUUUGCGGCAGUUACCUAUGCUCGCUUCUUCUCUUAUGGGGAGAUCCUAUCUAGAUUUUGGGCAGUUCCGGACUGGUCAUCAUCUGAAUCUCUUUCUACAAGUUAUGGGACUUUUGGAAUUGUUGCAGCCUCAUUUAUUUAAUGAAGAACAUAGAAUUGCAUUAGAAGAUACACUGGAAAACUAUUUUCAAUGUUUCCAGCAUUACGGUCCGAUAAAAGACCUCAUACCUCUUCUAAAUAGAUUUGUUGCACUGCUCCAAGCAUAUAUAUCCCAUGAUGCACAGAAGGCCUUGAAGUAUUUAUACAAGCAUUCUCAUAUCUUGCACGAACUUCGACUUCAAAAUCCUGGGCUGUCCAGUUUACGUACAUUAAUGUCAGGAAUCCCAGUACCAAGAGAUGGUGAAGACGAAGAAGAACAAGAAGUUAUAGUCGCUGUUGUUCCACCACCUCCACCACCAGAACCUACGAUCCCUCAACAUUGGUCAUCUUUACUGGCAACUUUGAACAAACUACAUGGAGAAGACGUAUUCACGGCGUUGCAAGAAAUCGAGCAUCUCUCGUCACGCAAGGCAUCAGUUUUGGAGUUAGUAACUGAUUCUGUAUCAGAAUUAAUUCUAUCUCCGCAAGGAAACAUCCGCUCGCUAGCUCACACGUUACUUGCUAGGGCUUUAAAACAUCGACCGGCUUCCAAUCUUAAUAUUUUAGCCGCGUUUCAUAAAUGCCUAGAAAGUCCUAGAGCAGAUGUUCUGAUGUCAGCUCUUGAUAGGCUACCUGAUAUCGUCGUUUGCAUGCAAGAGCACGCGUUACCUUUGAUGCAAAAAGUGUUUGAACUUGGAGUGAAUUCUAAUGUGAAUACCAUUCCGUACAUUAACAAAUGCAUUGCUCUGCUUAAUAUACAGCAGGGCUGUUAGCAGUCGUGAAUUGAAAGAUGUGACUACAGGAGAUUAUAUUUUUAUCAACUUUUGUAAGUGCGACACAUUUUUCUACCUAUACUUAUUUCUACAAUCAUUAUCAUUCAAUCGAGUGAUCAUAAUUUUGUGUAUAGUAGCUAUCUUAUAAAAGAAUAUUGUUGGUAAGGUAAGAUGAGUCAAUUUGCUUAUAGGAAAAACAAAUUUAUUAACAAUUUACAAUGUCCAAUUGUAUAAAACGUAUAAAUAUCGUUAUAAAUUUAAUUGCAAUUGCAUUUUACAUGCUGAAAAUAAUACAAUUAGAAACAUUUACCCUUGUGAAA